UUUUUGGGGUGUGUCACGGUGGCAAACGAAGAUGAUUUUUAAGUAACUGAACCGGGAGCAACAAUACAAUAAUUUUUUUUUUCCCAGACAGACCUUUGGACACACUGCUGUGUUCUAAAACCUCCAAUCGUUGGUCCGUACGCGGUGACGUCACGUUGUUUUGCACUGCUGCCUGGGAGUGUCGGACUCGGAGGACUGAACGAUUUGAUAAGAGUGCUGUAGGCGUUCGGUUACAUUAUCACUUUAUUAUCAGUGGCCAGAGAAGUUGUGUAUUUGGAACUUUCUGUUCUUAAACAGACAAAACAAAAAUAUAAAAAAACUUACGAGCUGCGGACAACUGGGAAAGGACCAUGUGGCUGCCUUUGAUCGGGAUGACGGCCCUGCCGCACGUCGGAGGGAUCUACGGCGGUUUUAUUACACGCAGACAGGUGAAGACCUGGUACACGACCAUUAAUAAACCCUCGUGGCGUCCACCAAACGCAGCGUUCCCUGUGGUGUGGACGUGUCUGUACACCGGGAUGGGGUACGGUUCCUACCUGAUCUGGAAGGAGCUCGGAGGUUUCACAGAGGAUGCCCUGGUUCCACUGGGACUGUAUGGGCUGCAGCUGGCACUAAACUGGGCCUGGACUCCCAUUUUCUUUGGUGCACACAAGAUAAAAUUGGCCCUGAUUGAGAUUGUUGUUCUCACGGGGACUGUUGGAGCCACCAUGGUGUCUUGGUAUCCCAUCAGCCGCACCGCCACUUGGCUCCUGGCACCUUAUCUGUCCUGGCUGUGCCUCGCCACUUCCCUCAACUACUGCAUAUGGAGAGACAACCCCGAGACGAAAGAAGAAUAAAGAGCAAUGAUGUCCGUGUGCUUCCCCUUUUCUUAAAAAUGCUGAUUCUUUACAAUAAAUGUUUGACAUCCAGUCACAGCUGAGCUUUUCGAUUCUGCUGAUAUCAGAGUUAAUGUUGUCAUAGACCUGCCAGUGUGUGUUUGUUUGAUAAUACACAAUGAGUUAUUCAGAAACAGCCUCAACUUGAUCUGCAGGUCACGGUCCUCGGCUGUUUGCUGCAUUUUAAAACCUGACCAAGUGGCAUUUUCCCUGUAUUUUGGCCAAUCUCUAAGAAAUUCUCUGUUAUUAAUAAACUGGUUCAUUUCCUUGCAUAUGCAAAUGUUAAUAAAAUGAUCCAAACUUUAGCUCUAAUAAAUGACCAGACGUC